CUGGAUGUAGCGUUAAAGGGAAGUGAUGAUGGCUAGACUCAAAGGUUAGUCUAUCGAAAAUCAACCUGGAUCGACCAGUUCACUAACUUUAAUGGUUGGCCACCUCUUAGUUGUAAAAGAAAUCUCAUUCACUCACUGGGUUCCAGAAUCUAUAAAAUGUGUUCAGAAGACAAGGGUGGGUGUUGAAAUUGAAACUCUUAGAACAACACUAUCGAAUAACAGAUGUCCUAAAACAUCGAAUGAAUUAAUUUUGAAGAAACGAAUCACUCUUCAUCCUAAGAAAAUCUUAACCAUGAAUGUGGAAUUCAAAGGAGACAUCACAGCUGAAGUGCUGAAAAACCAUCUAUCAAGGUGUAUCAAUAGUAGCUUUUAUGCUGCUAGACUGAGACCGAUUUUCUCCAUCUGCCGUCUGAUUCGAAAGUGUGUAAAGGAUAGGCUACCACUUAUGUCUACAUCUAAAGGUUCACAUACUUCUGUGAAGUUGACUAUAUUCGACUUUGUAAGCGGGUCCUCUGAAAAAGUGUUACUGAAAAUUACUCAGUUUGACUUACCAAACGCUAGCUAACUACAACUUCAUCCAUAUGUGAACACCUAGUAAUGAAGGUGAUUCAGCUCGUCAACAGUCCCCCUUUAUGAUAAUUUAUAAAGUUAAAUUGAACUACUCCAAAGAUUGACCUUUCCACCACUUAUGCAUAGACCUGAAGGAUUAGCUAUACAUGAAUAAGAACGGAAACUACAUUGAAAAACGUUUUAUCAAAACCACUUUCUUCACAUUGGCCUUGUUGGUUAUUUUGUCAAUUUCAUUUCACUUCACUAUGGCAUACUUCUCUUUUAGUUUCAUCAUCAUCAUCAUCAUCAUCAUCAUUAUCA